UUUGAGCAAUGAAGGCAAAGGAAGGUGAAGAUUUGGAGCAGCGAGAAUGUGUGGGAAGGGAAAGUGAGGACUACGUCACGCUUUCUCUCUCUUUCUCUCUGUGAUUGCGAUUCUUGUUCUUUCUCACAACAACACAACUUGGAUCUCUCUCUCAGAUGGAAAGCGCUUCAGAGCUUGUGGAAUUUCCUCUGUUGCUUACGCCAAUCGAUUCCAACUACAGAGCAUGCACCAUUCCCUACAGAUUCCCCUCCGACAACCCCCGCAAGCCCACUCCCACCGAAAUCUCUUGGAUUGAUCUCUUCCUCAACUCAAUCCCCUCUUUCAAGAAGCGCGCAGAGAAUGAUACUUCUGUUCCUGAUGCUGCAAGUAAAGCUGAAAAAUUUGCUGAAAGAUACACUGACAUACUGGAAGAUUUGAAGAAAGAUCCUGAAAGUCAUGGUGGGCCUCCUGAUUGCAUUCUUCUCUGCAGACUUCGUGAGCUAGUGCUAAGAGAAUUGGGAUUCAGAGAUAUUUUCAAAAAAGUCAAGGAUGAAGAAAAUGCAAAAGCCAUUUCACUAUUUGAGAAUGUUGUUCGUCUUAAUGAUGCCAUUGAAGAUGAAGGCAAGCGACUUGAGAAUCUAGUUAGAGGAAUUUUUGCUGGAAAUAUAUUUGAUCUUGGUUCUGCACAGCUUGCAGAGGUUUUCUCUAAGGAUGGAAUGUCCUUUUUGGCUAGUUGUCAAAAUCUUGUUCCUCGACCUUGGGUUAUUGAUGAUCUUGACACUUUCAAAAUUAAAUGGAGCAAGAAGCCAUGGAAGAAGGUUAUCAUAUUUGUAGAUAACUCUGGUGCAGAUAUCAUUUUGGGUAUUAUGCCAUUUGCAAGAGAACUACUUCGGCGUGGGAGUCAGGUUGUAUUGGCUGCUAAUGACUUACCAUCCAUCAAUGAUGUGACUUGUUCUGAGCUAGUUGAAAUUAUAGCAAAGUUAAAGGAUGAAGAAGGACAGCUUGUGGGUGUCAGUACUUCAAAUCUUUUAAUUGCCAACUCUGGCAAUGAUUUACCUGUUAUUGAUCUUACAAGAGUAUCACAGGAGCUUGCUUACCUUGCCAGCGAUGCAGAUCUUGUCAUCUUAGAAGGGAUGUGGUAUAUGAUGUGAGCACGUGACUAGGUGACCGACUUUGACAAGUAUUAAAAGGAAGCAGAAUUGAUAGUGAAUUCAUAUAACGAUUCUUGUGUCAAAAAUCUUAACAACAUGAAGUUUAGGAGGUGUGUCCCAUUGAUGAUUAGCCAAUGACAUUACUAGCACAAUGUGGCCAUCAAAUAUCAUGAAUGCAAAAAACAGGCUCCUGCCCAAUGGGGAGUACAUGGAUGGAGGUUCUCUUGCUCGAUGGCGAAGAUUGUUGGGACUUGGGAGUGUUAAUAGUGUGAGUAAGAAGUUUUAUGUAAUUUGAGCCUGGGAACGUUGAAUAAUAUUUAAAUGGCGAAGACUUAUACACUUAAUGCCAAAGGUAUAGGCUCCCUUAUGUAUCAACAGUUCAACACAAACACCCUUGUACCCUCUGUUUAGUGCUCCAGCAUGUACAUUAUUUGAGUUAUUUCAUCUAGAUUUUGACAUCAACUCUUAAAAAUAGUUUGGCACCAUGUAGGUUAUUCUAGGAUAUUUUCCACAUUUGCAAAGACUGAAACUUAUGGCCUGUUUACUUGAUAAAAUGUUUUCCAUUUC